CCCUUUCCGAUCGUCCACUCUCUCCUCUCUAUCUCUCAAGAUGUUCUCCUCCGCUAUCCGGGCCAAGAUGGCCACCUCCUUCGCUGCCCGUCGUGGCUUCUCCACCACUCGCACCCAGUUCGGUAGCCCCUACCACUACGCCGAGGGUCCUCGCACCAACAUCCCUUUCAACCCUAUGACCAAGCGCUUCUUCUGGAGAUACUGGGCCUUCAUGGUUACCGGAUUCGGUUCUCCCUUCGCCAUUGCUGUUUGGCAAACCUACAAGACCAAAUAGAUUGGCCUUGUACUUGCGACAGUCUGGAGGCCGAAAACUCGGAUUGGAGAAGCAAUUGGAUAUCAUGUACAAAGCUAGAGAUUACUAUUGACAUUUCUGCGCCUCAA